AUAGGAUUAGGUGAGAGUACAUGUUGAGCACACUUAUUGGUUUCAUAGCAUUGACUGUAUGGUCAGAGAGGGUUCAGACCAGUUUGGACCGAAUAAGAGCCGAUGUUUCGGGAGAAUUGGCCAGAAGUCAAAAUAUUAAUAUCUCUGACCUUUUGGAUCAAAUACUACUCGGUUAUGACAAUCACAUUAGACCCGACUUUGGGGGUCCGCCGACACAAGUUUUUAUUGAUUUUCAUGUGAGAAGUAUGGGUCCAAUCUCUGAGAUAGAUAUGACAUACGUAAUGGACUGUUAUUUUCGUCAGACUUGGACUGAUACACGGCUUUCAUAUAAGACCAGGUCUUUGAUGGAAAUGAAUGCCAACCAAACACUAAGUCCCCCCGCAUUAGCCCUUUCCAUAUAUAUGUUGGACAAGAUUUGGAAACCGCCCACAUACUUCCUCAACUCCCGUCAGUCACAUAUGCACGUCAUUACUCUCCCCAAUAAGUUUGUCCGUAUCUAUUCAGAUGGCAAAGUAUUGUAUUCAUCCAGCCAACUGUCCAAUGAACUUGGCCAAUUUUCCGAUGGAUACUCAGUUGGCUAUUCAAUGGAGGAAGUGGUCUAUAGUUGGAAUCCGGCGCGAAAAGUGGUUAUUAAUCCUGAUAUGAAGAUGUCUCAGUUUGAUCUCAUAGCUGUUCCCGUCGGCAAUAAGACUAAUGAUGAGCGCAAAGACGGACCAUAUUCUAUACUUUUGGCCAGUUUUCACUUCCAGAGGCAUAUGGGAUCGUUUGUCAUUGAAGUGUAUGCCCCGUGUAUUAUGUUGGUCGUGCUCUCAUGGGUCAGUUUUUGGAUUAACAGAGAGGCAACGGCCGACAGAAUUACGCUAGGGUUGACCACGGUGCUCACGAUGACCUUCAUGUCUUUGGAAUUGCGUAAUGACUUACCAAAAGUCCCAUACCUAACAGCACUCGACUAUUUCGUAUACAUAAGCUUUGCGUUCAUUUCUGCCACAAUACUGGAGUUUGGUUUUGUCCACUUCUUCACGAAAAUUGGUAUUUAUUCUGUUGUUCUCUUCAAUGCAAACCUAUUCACCCAAAAGUCCACUCAUAUAUCAGGUUCGGGUGAGUAUUACUUCUCUCCCACUUCUUUCAUGCAACUGAACAACAGUCCGGAAAUGGAUGACUACUUCUCGAGUGAUGAGGAGUACGAAGAUUAUGACGGCUAUGAAGACGGGGCUCACUCUGUGACCAACGUUAGGACCACUGGACUCGGGGCUGAGACCAGCAAAGGUAGACGUGAUGUGAGGGACGAGACUAAGGAUAACGAUUGCAUUCAUAGAGUCAGAGACUUCUCUCAUAAAGAGAGUCCAGUGGUUUUUCAUCGACAACAAAGUGAGAUCUAUUCGACAGAACGAGAUCGAGGGGUAAUUGUCCUGAAAAGGGAUGAUAACACGGAUGCCAUGUCUUCGGGUUCAUCAUCGCAAAUGUCAGCACCUCAAGAGCCAUACGAAUACGACUAUGACUUACAAGAGCCAACGACAAGCACUUUCAGAUGUAGUGAUCAUUUGGAGAGACAGUGGUCGGCGACAACUGCACGAGAGAGAGAUGAGAGACAAAUGAGUCGAUUGUCUUCAAUUCGUGCCUCAAUUAGAAACACAUUCUCCCGAAAGAAAUCACGUCGUCGUCAGUCUGUUUCACUUCAAUUGAAUAGUGUCUCCAAAAUCGAUAGGAUAUCACGCGUUAUAUUUCCGUUGGCUUUCCUUAUAAUGAAU